AGGUCAGAUUUUCAAAUGGGUUUCGGGUCAAAAUCCGCCCGUUAAUUAGAUGAACCCUAAUUUCGUCCGUACAGAGCGGAGAGGGGAAAUAAAAGAAUGCUUUUGUUGCGGCGAUUCAAUCGAGUUCGAAUUGCUUCUCCUUGCUCCGUUCGGCUUCUGUCUGUAAAACCCAUUUCCAGUGUUGAUGAUGAGAAGCAGCUUCGAUGUCAGGAUCAGUCCAGUUACGAUCAGAAAACAGUAUGCGAAGCGCUCUCAUGUUACAUCAACGAUUGGCAAAAGGCGUUGGAGUUUUUCAACUGGGUCGAGAAAGAAUCCGGAUUCAGACAUACCACCGAGACAUUCAAUCGGAUGAUCGAUAUUCUGGGUAAGUAUUUCGAGUUUGAAACUUGUUGGGCUUUGAUUAACCGCAUGAUCGGAAACCCGGAAUCUCUGCCGAAUCACGUCACGUUCCGUAUAGUCUUUAAGCGUUAUGUGACGGCUCAUCUUGUUCAGGAGGCUAUUGAUGCGUAUGAUAAAUUGGAUGAUUUCAAUUUGAGAGAUGAAACAUCUUUUUAUAAUCUGGUCGAUGCGCUUUGCGAGCAUAAGCAUGUGGUUGAAGCUGAAGAGCUUUGUUUUGGGAAGAAUGUCAUUGGUAAUGGUUUUAGUGUUAGUAAUACUAAGAUUCAUAAUCUGAUUCUUCGUGGGUGGUCGAAAUUGGGAUGGUGGGGUAAAUGCAAGGAGUAUUGGGAGAAGAUGGAUACUGAAGGCGUUGCAAAGGAUCUGUUUUCGUACUCUAUUUACAUGGAUAUCAUGUGCAAGAGCGGUAAACCGUGGAAAGCUGUGAAAUUGUAUAAGGAAAUGAAGAGUAGAAGGAUAAAACUUGAUGUGGUUGCGUAUAACACUGUGAUUCGGGCCAUUGGAGCGUCGCAAGGUGUUGAAUUCGGUAUCAGGGUGUUUCGGGAGAUGCGGGAAAGAGGUUGUGAACCUAAUGUUGCCACUCACAACACAAUCAUUAAGCUUCUAUGUGAAGACGGGAGGAUGAGGGAUGCGUAUCGGAUGCUUGAUGAGAUGCCUAAGAAAGGUUGUCAACCCGAUUCGAUUACUUACAUGUGUCUCUUUGCACGUUUGGAGAAACCGAGUGAGAUCCUAAGUCUGUUUGGUAGGAUGAUAAGGAGUGGAGUGAGGCCAAAGAUGGAUACUUAUGUGAUGCUAAUGAGGAAGUUUGAGAGAUGGGGAUUUCUUCAGCCGGUUUUAUAUGUGUGGAAGACAAUGAAAGAGUCUGGGGAUACUCCUGAUUCUGCGGCAUAUAACGCUGUGAUUGAUGCGUUGAUUCAGAAAGGAAUGUUGGAUAUGGCUAGGGAAUACGAGGAGGAAAUGAUCGAAAGAGGGCUAUCUCCAAGAAGAAGGCCUGAGUUGGUAGAAAAGUCCUUGGACGAAACGCUUGUUUGUAGAUAAUAGAUAACUCCUUUGAAGAAACAUUUUGGUUAUGUGUUCAAAACAGACAUGAAGCAAUAGAGGAGCUUCUGGUGCUGCUUCCUGUCUUGAUAUCAAGAAGCCUCCUUUGGUUGAAGAAAUGUCCCCAAGGUAUAUCAUCUUUUCCAUAAAGUGCCUUUGUUUCA